UUCAAGCGACUCCGGUGAGGGAGACUCCGGAAUGCCAACCUGUUCGGCGUGUAGAGGGCAAAUGGUGGUGUUUACCGUGCCCACAUUUUAUCUAACAGAUUGUGAUGGGCAGAAUGAGAAGAGUAGAACAUACAUUUGUUCAUUAGACCAUGGGAAGACUCCCUCUAUGUCUACAACACGUUGCAUUCACUCCCACACGACGAGACAGGUAUUGGAACUUUUGAUGACAUGUGCGCUGCAUGAAGGCAGCUGUCGUAAUGUACGGCGAAAACUUGCCACUCAAGGUGCUCUCUCCAUGAGAUUUUUGGGAGUUGGAAACUUCGACUUGCAAAUUUGGAGCUGCUUUAUACAAGGAGUCGAGGCCAAUUCAUGGCUAAAAUCCACUCCUUCCAUUGGUUGAGAAGUUGGAGCUUUCCUCAAGCCCUUCAUGCUAUGAGUCAAGGCCAUUCUCUGAAACUUAAAAUGAAGUAAAGACCAAUGUUGGGAGGAUGUGGUCAAUGAUACCCACGGGUUAGGGUAUUGACCAAUACUCACCUUUGUUGUAAAGGGUAAGUAUAAUUCCUUUGGCAAGUAAAGGAUAUUUUAUAUCCUUAUUUUAUUUUUAAUAAAAGAUGGAAUAAAGAUAUUAGAGAGAAACA